GUUAUCGAUCCAGACCUGAUGAUCAGGGCGGUGUAGCGGCCACAGAAAGAGGAAGAGGAUCAUGUUUACCGCCUUGGUCUGUGGAGCUGUGGUGUUUCCAGGACUUUUCUACAGCUUCAGGAAAAUACUGACACAUACUUUCACACAGUGGAGUGAAGCCGACGUGGUUUCUGUCAGCGAGAGGCUGGUUUCUGCCAUCCAUGCAUCUUUGGCUACAGCAGCUGGAGUCAUAGUGGUGACGUCCUGCAGGGAUGUCAUGACUGACAGUCACUGGCUGGUCAAUGGGUUUGUCAUGUUCGGAGCUCCCUACAUGGCCUACGACAUUUACGCCAUGUAUCUGAGCCACUACCACACUCAGAGGGUCAGAGGUCACACCAGUUCAUACAGCGCCCACUCUCUUCAGACAGUGAAGGCGUUCCUCCGUAAGGACUGCAUGUUGGUCCUCCAUCAUCUGACGCUGCUUCUCGUCUUCCUGCCCAUCGCUCUGUUCUUCAGACGGGGACUGGGGGACUUCUUCAUUGGCUGCCUGUUCACCACAGAGUUCAGCACGCCUUUCGUCUCUAUAGGAAAGAUCCUCAUCCAGCUGGGCCUCGACAACACCAGGCUGCACAGAAUCAACGGCAUCAUCGUCCUGUUGAGUUUCUUCACCUGUCGGAUCCUGAUCUUCCCCUUCAUGUACUGGAUGUACGGACGGCAGUUUGGGAUUCCUCUGCACCGAGUGGCCUUCCACCUGCCUCUGCAGUGCAACGUGGGUAAUCUGGUGAUCCUGGCUCCGCAGAUCUACUGGUUCAACCUGCUGCUGAGGAAAGCGAACAGAGUCUACCUGCGACAGAGGAGAGGGAAUGGAGACGGAGACAAAGACAGGCCGAAGACGGACUGAGGAGUCCAAACUGUUGAGGAAAUAAUCUGGUUUUACACUGAGGAUGAAUGUAUGAGAGUAUUAUGGCCACUGUGACGGGAAAAAACAUCACAGUGUUUGAGAAUAAGUAAUUAUAUGGGGAAAAAGAAUCCUAAUAUAUUCAGAAUAAAGUUGAAUUUUAUGAAAAA